GUUCCGGCACACCCUCUGAGGGCUUGUCCGCCUCUCUCUGCUCUGUGGCUGAGCCUGGCUCAUUGUCUCUGCUCGAUGGACAAUUUGAAGGUGUGGAUUUGCAUCUCAAAGGUCAGGAGAGGAAAACGGAGUUCGGAAGCUCUGUCUCUGCCAUGAGGGACUCCUCUGGGGUUAGGCUGUCCUCCAGCUACGACUCCACCCAGGACAAGUCCUCCACUGAGGCUCUUGCAGGGAAACAGGAAGAUGCUGAUUCCCAGAGCGAUGCAGAUUUUCUCCUUUUUAAAGAGUGCCACUAUGGCCAGCCCACCGUUCGUUCAGCUCACGCUUCCCCCUUCCCCGAGGCGGUGUCACCGGACCCAGACUCGCCCCAGUCCCCGUUUGAGGUGUUGGGAGACGGGGGGCGGGACAGUGGCUUCGGAAGGGACGUUGAAGACACAGCUGACAGAACACCAGCUUGGCAGUUGCCUUCAUCACCUGGUGGGAAGAGUCAAGACAGAGUCAGAGAGGUGGCAGGACGGGGAAUCCAUGAUGCUUUCAUGGAUUCAGCAGGUAGACCAUCAGAGCCCGUGGACCGGGCGGGCAGGUCUGUGGAGCCAGCCAGCGUGGGAGACGCCUCUGAAUUCCAUCCUGGGUUUUCACCCUCUGUGUACAUGUGGGACAAACUAGAGCCCCCAGGGAGUGCGGUUCGGGGGACGUCUGAGCCAGACCCAUGGGUCUCUCCUAUCCCAUCUGAGCCCACAUCUGCCUAUAUAUCCCAGAUCUCAGAACUGACAUCCUCCCAGGUGGAAUAUGGAUCCUGGAUUAGUGACCAGGAGCCGGCAGACCUGGACAGCUCGGGGGAGUCGGACGACACCGUGAUCGAGGACACACCUGAGCGUUUUCGUGCAUCGAGCAGCCCUGUUCCCGAAUCCACUGUCCCCUCUGAGCCCAGAGCAGGAGCCCCGGAAGAGCCAAAGGAGCAGCCAGCUCCAGCAGCCAGCACCGUCCACACAGUCAAGCAAAGCCUCAGGGAGGAAGAUGAGGACGACUACGAGAUUUUUAAAGGAGCUGGCAAAGAAGUGCUUGGGCAGAAUAGUCAACUACCAAAAGCCCGUUUUGAUAUGGAACCCUCACCCUCGCCAAAGCCAGAUCAGACGGCCUUCUGUGCUUCUGUAGCAACCUUCUCUGAAGAAAUUGCACAGAUUUCCCCUCUCUCAAAAGACCCGAGGGAAGCCCAGUCAAAAACCUACAGUUUUGCUUCAAAUGAUGAAAAUGUCAAACACCCCUCCUAUAGCCUGUCCUCCUCACUGACAGAGAAAUGGAACCCCGAUCUGAUGCAGGACACUUUUCCAGCAGCUGUGUGUGGUCAGUAUUUUGCAGAAGAAUGUAGUCCGUCUGAAAAGAACUCCGGUUCGCUUUUUAAUCAAGGGCUAACAGCACAUUCAGCUGAGUCUGCUCUCCCAGACUGGCACAGAGCCUCAGGGGAAAGUAGACCUAAGAAUCCCGGGACAGAUUCAGAGAACAGGCCUGAAGAUGCUGAAAUCUCCCUCCCUAAGCCUGUGGGAGGUCAGCCGUCUCCCAGAGACAUUCCCCGAGAUCCAUUCUCUCACCUGCAGAGUGAACCCCACAGAGUUACCCAGAAUCCUGCUGGGAUGGGUUCAGACAGGGAGGUUUCGGCUGCAGGGGCGAGUCCAGCGCGGGGAGCGGUCCUGUCCCCUGGGGAGCCCGGGCCGACGCCCACAGCGGCGAAACAGGGGCACCAACCCGCAGAGGACUCCCCGGAGACAUCAAGCGACCCCGAGAGCAUCGAGCUGGAGUGCUCGGUCUCGGCCGCCACAGACAGCUUCGUGGACUUUAUGAGGGAGUGUCUGAAUUCACGUCCACACAAAGAGCCGGAGGACUUCAGCCAGCGCUCUGCGCCCAAGGAGAAACCCCCCCAGGUGGCUGCCCCAUUCUCGGGGUCCCCCCCUGCCAUGCUGCUGGACCUGGAGCAGGAACACCUCACCAUCUGUGCCCUGAAGGAGCUUGGGAGCAGCCAGGAGGAGGAGGGGGACCAGAUGUCUUCCACAGAGCCCUCACAGACUGCUGCUCUGCCAGAGACGGCUCUCCAAACUGGCACUAAAGCCCAGACCUCCAUCACUCCCGCUGCUCCUCCUCCUCCUCCUCCGCCUCCUCCUCCCUGUAACGAACCUCCACUGCAGGCCUCACCUGUCAGACAGGUAGAGAGGACGGAUGCGCCACAGCUUGCUGAGCAUGUGUUGUCGGCGUUACUAACCCACCUGUCAGUGCGGGACCUGGUUCUCUGGCGGGACCCCCGGAAGACGGGUGUGGUGUUCGGCGUGUCCCUCCUGGUGCUGCUCUCUUUGGCCACGUUCAGCGUGAUCAGUGUGGUGUCCUACCUGCUGCUCGCCCUGCUCUGUGUCACCAUCACCUUCCGCGUCUACAAGUCCGUCAUCCAGGCCGUGCAGAAGUCCAACGAGGGACACCCCUUCAAGGCCCUGAUGGAGAAGGACGUCACCAUCCCCACCGAGACGUUCCGCAAGCAUACAGACAUCGCCCUGGCACACCUCAACCGCAGCAUCAGACAACUGAGACGCCUCUUCCUGGUGGAGGAUCUGGUGGACUCUCUCAAGCUGGCCAUUGUGAUGUGGCUGCUGACCUACGUGGGGGCGAUCUUCAACGGCAUCACCCUCCUGAUCCUGGCUGACAUCCUGGUCUUCAGCUCGCCGCUGGUCUAUGAGAAAUACAAGACCCAGAUCGAUCGCUACGUUGCCAUGGUGCGCAAUCAGAUUGACACCACCCUCGCAAAGUUGCAGGAGAAGCUCCCGGGGGCAGUGAAACGCAGUAAAGCAGACUGAAGAAUCCCCCCCCUCCCCCCGCCUGCUCUCCCCCCUCCGGCCUCCUCCACAUCACGCACUCUGCACCAGCUCCUGAGUGAAAGCUAUUCUCUGUAGAAACCGGCACACCUUAACUAACACUGCUUCUGUCCGCCAGAGCCGCCAACACACCACGAGUCUCUGCUUCAGCUGGGGGUGGGGGUGGGAGGAAUGAAGCCCUAAAUGGAGAUAUCUCCCAGACACACACACACACACACACACACACACACACACAGACAGCAAGGUGGACUUUGUGAACUAGACUGAAUCUUUGCCCUGGUCCUGUAGAGACUGCAGAGAGGAGUGGUGGUGUUGCUCUGUGGAAAGUGAAUGUCUGAACUCUGGCUAAAGAACAGGAAGCCUCACUUCCUUACAUGCCCUCUCAUCCCCCACAGCGUGGGAGAGAAUAUUCCUGUCGCUUUUACAUUUAAAGCAUCAUGCGAUGCUCUUACUCCCAGAGGUUCCGAAAAGGAGCUGCCCCCCUCCUGAUCCUCCCCUCCCAUCACCUGAGACAGGUGUGUGAGCUCACCUGCAGUGCACUUAGAUGUUUCACAAGCAACACAUGCAGGCUGAAUAAAGGGGGAAAACCUGCAGGUGGACCAGCUGUUGCCGUCUAGUUCACCGCGGCUCUCGGUCUGUUCUUAUGCAUUCUGUAAAAAUGUGUAUGUACAUAAGACUAACACUUUCUGCUGUCAAGGCAACAUCCUGUACUCUCUCUUAGCUCCUAAAGACCUCCUUCCACUAGAUGUACUUAUCACAGGUGUUCUCAUCCACACAAGUAAUCGUGAAUAUUUAUUAUUAUUAUUAUUAUUAUUAUUAUUAUUAUUACUAUUAUUAUUAUUCCUGAGCCAGCUGCUGAAGGCUGUUUUUCCUCUGCAGUGGAGUUGUUGAAACCGUUUUCAGCAGAAAUGAGGGCAGCUGUUCUGCUCAUAUUACUGCCCUCUGGAGAUGGGAGAGUGAGGCUUCAUGAACCCCGAAGGUUUCACGAACCCCGGAGCCUCCUCAGUCAGAGGGAUGCUGGUGCAGAGGACUCAUCUGUCACUCUCUGUCCCUCUCUCUCCCUCUGAUUACGCUCUCAGCUUCAGGGUUGAGCACAGCCUGGGCUGGGGUUACCUGUAAGAGCAUAACCCUGAUCUGGCAUUUCAGUGGAAGGGAGACUCAGCCUUGAGCUAGAAGGCUGAGGCUGAUCCCAGACCAGUCCUGCCGUGGCUUUGAGAUAAGCACCAAAGCCCAGCUGCCUCAGUAAACACUGUCUCACCUGUACACACAGGUAAUGCGUAAAAAUGCAAGCUAGUACAUAGGCGCAUCUGCUAAACAAAAAUAUGUGGAAUUUUGAAAUGACUACUUAUAGGGUGGCUAGGACUCCAGCUCUGCCAUUCAGCUGUGCAUGCUGGGUAGGGUAUCCCAGAAUGCUCUGCUCACACAUCUAGCUCAUCAGUCUGUACCUGCUGAAUUUCCCAUUAAGAACAUUCCUGCUGGUCAUAGACCUCUGCAUGGAUCGGUCAGUGGCCAGGACACCUUAAUAAGAUGCUCUGCAAAUCUGCUCUCCACACCUCUUUCCCCUGGAUUUAACCAUUUCACCUGAAAGAGUGAAGACUUCUGUGGGCAUUACUGUGGAACUGUGGGUCUCUCUCUGUGUCUCUCCUCGUUGCAGAAGAAUUUGAGGAUUUCAGUGUUCCCCUGCAUGCACAUCCAUACGCACACAAACCCAGUGUUCAGCAUCUGUGCGUUCUAACAGACCUUAGCAGAAGCUCACGUCGUAGUGUCUAGACAUUGUUUCAGUGAUCACAAUGUGGAGAAAUGUUUUUUUUUCCCAAUAUUUUAUCAUUAGUGUUACGACCUCAAGAUGACACCUGUUUUUUUAAGCUAAUAAGACUGUAGCCCCCUCACCUCUUUGUGGCGUGAAGUUUCAUUGGCUCCUUGUUGUUCCAGUAGGGCGGGUCUCGUGCUCUUGUUUCAGGGUGGUUAGAUGUACUAACAUGUGAGCGCGGUUUGUGGUGAACUGUAUCUUCAGUAUGUGUUUGAGAGCUUGGAAAAAAAAGUUGUAAGUUUGAAAAGGAAAAAAGUGGUUCCUGUGCUGAUGUCAAAGUGAUAUUAAUAAAAAAAAAUGAAAGUAUGA